AUGUGUCCACAACAGGAGCUGAACAGUGUUAACUACCUGGACCUGUACCGUGUGGCUGAUCUGUUCCACCUCCCUGCUCUGGAGGAGGCUGUGGUCAGCUUCCUGGUAGAACACCUGUGUGAGCUGCAGCAGAGCCACCAGGAGGAGGUGCUGCUGCUCCCCUACCGCCUCCUCAAGGAGGUGCUGAAGAGCGACCACCUCACCUCCCUCAACGAGGAGGAGAUCUGGCAGGUACACUGCACUGGCUCCUCACAGUCAAACACACACAAUGGAAGCAACAAACACAUGUUCGCAAAUGCAUGCGCAUAUACAGACACAUGCACGCACGCACACACACACACCACACACACUGUAUAUAUGCACACCAUAAAAUGCAGAUCUUCAUACAGCCAGACCCACACAGACUUUGAUAUACUACAACACACAAUGUGUCAUAAAACAUCAAUUUCCAUUGUCUGCACCAAAAUGCACUAUUUAUAUUUAUGUAUCGGAGUGAAUAGGAAAGGAAGGCGUAUGUCUCUGUGUGUAUAUAUGUAUGAGGGAUGGGUGAGGUGUGGAGGGGGGGGGCUGUGCGUUUUGACUGUUCAUUUGCACCAAUCAGGCCCCCCUCUCCCCCUCUUCUCUCUCCCACCCUCUCUGAUUAGGCCCACCGCGGCUUCAUCAGGGCCCCAAUCCCCCAGCUGUCACUCCGGCCGCCCGACUGAUUGAAAACAAUCAGGCCUCUGAUGGCACAAUUACCCUGACCCUUUAGCCAGGCGAUGCCGCCAUAAUCAGACCCUGAUUAGGCUGCUUUGGGCCUCCUUCACUCUGCCGAGAAGGUUAAUUUGGGCAUCCGCCCGAAAAAAAACGUGCGGGAGCCAAUACCCAGCCGAUAUAGUUUGCCUGUCAAUCAUCGUCACACCGACUUCUCUCCGAGUCUCACGCUCUGGAAAUCACAUUUUCUUGGGUCUUUGUUUUUUUUCCCCCUUCUUUGCAGUUUGCCUUUCUCUGGCUGCUCUCUCUCUCUCCCUCUCCCUUUCUCUUUGGGGAGGAGGGGAGGAAGGGGAAGUUGAUUUAUUCUCUGCCCCAAGGAAGUUGUCUGAUCCAGCGUGACCUUCACAGUCAGCCUACCGGAGCGCACACAUCCCUCCGCCACUUCAGAGGUGGGAGGAGGGGGGAGAGCGAGGGAAAGAGAGAGAAAGGAGGAGAGGGGUGUAGAUAGCAAGACCGAGAAGAGGACAAAGCAGAGAGUGGAAGGGGGGGUGUAAAUACUGUUGCGUUGGCAUGUAUUUAAGAAGGAAGAGAAAAAGGAGAGGCAUUGACAGUAGCAGGACAAUAUAUACAGUGCACGUGUGAUUGAUGUGUGAAUAUGUCUGUGUCUAUGUAAAUGGUGUUUUGGUGUGCUGUUUGUACAGAAUAUGGUUUGAAUGCAUAUACAAGCCAGUGUAAUGUUUGAAUAGGAUUUCAGUGUGUAUGCAGUGUGCCUGCGAGUCAGGAGGAGGUGCUGACAGUGAACCGCUCCAGCUCAGUAAUCUUGCAGUGCUAUAAUAAGUUCCCUGUCUCUGUACUGAUUGUGUUAAAAGCCACUUUGUUUCCCUGAUAAUGGUAUCAGUGAUCUUCAGCCAUCUCACCCACAUUCACACGCUGCUGCCACAGCUAAACAGCCUCCGAUUGCUCUCAAGUUCAAUUAAAUCCCCUCUCUGCUUCUCUCCUCUCCUGGUCCUCAACAAAGGAAUGUACCGGUGGAUAUUCAUGAUGCUUGCACACAACACACUAUUGUGUGUGUGUGUGCGUUUGUAUAAGUGUGUUAAUGUAUACAGUAACACACUCGUCUUGAUCUUGCAACACUGCUCUGUAGGCAUUUAGAAUACUAAUAAGAAUGAAUCGCGUCACUCUGUCUUCCUCUUCCCCUCUCGUCUCUAGCUGGUAGUGUGCUGGUUAGAGCAUGACUGUCGGUACCAGUACACAGAGGACCUGAUACAGCAUGUUCGUUACGGCCUUAUGGAUGUGGCCGCCCUGCACCACGUGGCACAGUGCCACCCGCUGGUCCAGUCCAGUGCCACCGCCGCCACCCUAGUGGACGAGGCUAUAGAGUACCACCGUGCCACCUACGCCCAACCCCUCCGCCAGACCGCCCACACCAAGCCCCGCUUCCAGUCUCUCACCCUCUACAUCGCCGGCGGGCGCAAGCGCGAGGUGAGCCGCGUACGGGAGCUGCGUUACUUCAACCCGGCCGCCCAGGAGAACGUGCGGGUGGCAGGGUGCUCCAACUGGAGCGAGCUGGCACCCAUGCCCGCCGGGCGCAGCCACCACUGCGUGGCCGUCAUGGGUCACUUCCUGUUUGUGGCGGGCGGCGAGGUGGAGCAUUCCACGGGGAGGACGUGUGCAGUGAGGACCGCCUGUCGGUACGACCCCCGGGGGAACCGCUGGACAGAGAUAGCCUCCAUGAAGGCGUGCAGGGAACACUUUGUCCUGGGGGCUCUGGGCCAGUACCUGUACGCUGUGGGGGGGAGGAAUGAGCUGAGACAGGUGCUGCCCACUGUGGAACGCUACUGUCCCAGGAGGAACAAGUGGACCUUCGUCCAGUCCUUUGACCGCUCGCUGUCCUGCCACGCCGGCUGUGUGGCUGACGACCUGCUCUGGGUCUCAGGUACACACACACCCAGAUGGAGAAUAGUGCAUAACAGACUGAACACACACACAUACUGUACAUACAGUGGGGGGAAAAAAGUAUUUAGUCAGCCACCAGUUGUGCAAGUUCUCCCACUUAAAAAGAUGAGAGAGGCCUGUAAAUUUCAUCAUAUGUGCACGUCAACUAUGACAGACAAAUUGAGAAAAAAAAUCCAGAAAAUCACAUUGUAGAAUUUUUAAUGAAUUUAUUUGCAAAUUAUGGUGGAAAAUAAGUAUUUGGUCACCUACAAACAAGCAAGAUUUCUGGCUCUCACAGACCUGUAACUUCUUCUUUAAGAGGCUCCUCUGUCCUCCACUCGUUACCUGUAUUAAUGGCACCUGUUUGAACUUGUUAUCAGUAUAAAAGACACCUGUCCACAACCUCAAACAGUCACACUCCAAACUCCACUAUGGCCAAGACCAAAGAGCUGUCAAAGGACACCAGAAACAAAAUUGUAGACCUGCACCAGGCUGGGAAGACUGAAUCUGCAAUAGGUAAGCAGCUUGGUUUGAAGAAAUCAACUGUGGGAGCAAUUAUUAGGAAAUGGAAGACAUACAAGACCACUGAUAAUCUCCCUCGAUCUGGGGCUCCACGCAAGAUCUCACCCCGUGGGGUCAAAAUGAUCACAAGAACGGUGAGCAAAAAUCCCAGAACCACACGGGGGGACCUAGUGAAUGACCUGCAGAGAGCUGGGACCAAAGUAACAAAGCCUACCAUCAGUAACACACUACGCCGCCAGGGACUCAAAUCCUGCAGUGCCAGACGUGUCCCCCUGCUUAAGCCAGUACAUGUCCAGGCCCGUCUGAAGUUUGCUAGAGUGCAUUUGGAUGAUCCAGAAGAGGAUUGGGAGAAUGUCAUAUGGUCAGAUGAAACCAAAAUAGAACUUUUAGGUAAAUACUCAACUCGUCGUGUUUGGAGGACAAAGAAUGCUGAGUUGCAUCCAAAGAACACCAUACCUACUGUGAAGCAUGGGGGUGGAAACAUCAUGCUUUGGGGCUGUUUUUCUGCAAAGGGACCAGGACGACUGAUCCGUGUAAAGGAAAGAAUGAAUGGGGCCAUGUAUCGUGAGAUUUUGAGUGAAAACCUCCUUCCAUCAGCAAGGGCAUUGAUGAUGAAACGUGGCUGGGUCUUUCAGCAUGACAAUGAUCCCAAACACACCGCCCGGGCAACGAAGGAGUGGCUUCGUAAGAAGCAUUUCAAGGUCCUGGAGUGGCCUAGCCAGUCUCCAGAUCUCAACCCCAUAGAAAAUCUUUGGAGGGAGUUGAAAGUCCGUGUUGCCCAGCGACAGCCCCAAAACAUCACUGCUCUAGAGGAGAUCUGCAUGGAGGAAUGGGCCAAAAUACCAGCAACAGUGUGUGAAAACCUUGUGAAGACUUACAGAAAACGUUUGACCUGUGUCAUUGCCAACAAAGUGUAUAUAACAAAGUAUUGAGAAACUUUUGUUAUUGACCAAAUACUUAUUUUCCACCAUAAUUUGCAAAUAAAUUCAUAAAAAAUCCUACAAUGUGAUUUUCUGGAAUUUUUUUUCUCAUUUUGUCUGUCAUAGUUGACGUGUACCUAUGAUGAAAAUUACAGGCCUCUCUCAUCUUUUUAAGUGGGAGAACUUGCACAAUUGGUGGCUGACUAAAUACUUUUUUUCCCCACUGUAUACACACACACACAUGCACGCCACCUGUGUGUAAUACUCUUCUCUGUUACAGGUGGAGUCACAAACACAGCUCAGUACCAGAAUAGACUGAUGGUGUACGACCCAGAACAGGUAACUGAAGAACAGGUAGUACAGAGAAAUAAGAGAAAAGACAGUAAGACAAAUGUCAUCCAAACAUUUAAGAACCAUGGAUUCAGAACAAUCUGUUUAUGUGAUAGCUGGGUAAUACGCUUGUUUACUGCAAUAGGAGGGUGUGUGUUUGUGUGCGUGUGAGACAGAGAGCCCGCGCGCAAGGGGGAGAGCAAUAGAGAGAGAAAGAGAGCAAGAGAGAAAGAGAGUGAGCGAGCAGGAGACAGAGAAAGUCUCAUUUGUAUUCACCGUGGAGCUACAUUCACCUGCCAGGAACACCACCCCCCACCCACACUACCCUCAACAGAUGGCCAACCGUCAACUCCCACCAGACAUACGCACACACACACGCGAACACACACACACAUACACAAUCGCACACACACACGCUAGCUCACAUACGCACACAAACAUGGUCACGUACACUCACCCCCCUUUCCCCCACACACACAUACAAAACAACCAUAGACACACUUAGUCAAAUGUGCACAGUCGGAUACUCCAUGUAAAAUGGAGAGGGUGAAGUAUAUUAUUAGGAAUGGGGAGAAAUCACUAGGAAAAGUCAUAGCCCUGGUGACACAUUAUUUAUCCAGCACUGAACAUACAUCAAUUACCCAAGCAGGGAUAUGCUAAAAUAUUAAUCCAUCUAUUCAACAUCUUCUCACCAUCCUUUUUGCUCCCCACCUUCUCUUUCUCUCACUCUCUCCCCCCACCCCUCUCUCCUCCAUUCCCCCCCUCUCCACUCACCCCUCUCUCUCUUUCCUCAUCUCUCCCCCUUUCUCUCUCUGACAGAACCAGUGGCUGGCCCGCAGUCCCAUGCUGCAGAGGCGAGUGUACCACGUCAUGGCCGUGGUGAGAAGGCAGCUGUAUGUGCUGGGAGGUAAUGACCUUGACUACAACAACGACCGCAUCCUGGUCCGCCACAUAGACUCCUAUGACAUAGACAUGGACCAGUGGACCCGCUGCACCUUCAGCCUACUCACGGGUGGGUGGGCUGCACAUACACACGCUCAUGCAUACGCAUGCACGUGCACACACACGUACGCAUGCACACAUACUAGAUAAGAUCACUGUCCUCCUUUUUCCCUUGUGACUAUCCACCCCUCCCGACCUUGAUUCCCUGUGAAGUUGUCAAAUAAGUUCAAGGUGAAGUCAUGAGAGGAGACAGAGUUAUUUCCGGAACUUUCUGAAUGCACCCUAUGUCUCAGGUGACAUUGAAUCAUAUGGCCUCUCUUUGGCACAGUGAAUCAUUGUUUUCGCUAUCUCCUCCGCAGGUCAGAACGAGUCUGGCGUGGCAGUCCAUGAUGACCGAAUAUAUGUUGUUGGUGGAUAUUCUAUUUGGACCAAUGAGCCCCUAGCGUGUAUUCAGGUGAGUGACAGAUUUAUUAAAAAUUGUUUAAUGUUGUGCAUUAUAAAUCAUUAUGCAUAGUUAAUAAGGUGUUUUGAAUGCACUUAUAAUGCAUUAUAAAGAAAGAGGGUGUUCAUAGCAAAUGUUCUCUUAUUAAAAUCUCUUAUUAUUUCAUGUGUAUGACAUUUAUAUUUCCCUUCCUGUGGUCCAGGUGUUGGACGUGAGCACGGAGGGGAAGGAGGAAGUGUUCUAUGGACCAACUCUACCAUUCGCCUCCAAUGGAAUAGCAACGUGUUUCCUCCCUGCCCCAUACUUCACCUGCCCCAACCUACAGACUCUACAAGUGCCCCAUCACAGGAUAGGAGCUGUCUAA